GUGACUGCCGGGAGCUGGCUGGGCCGGAGGCCGCGGGGCCGGCUCCCGCUGCGAGGAAUGGAGCUGCCGGCCGUGUAAUGGCCAUGCCGCCCGGGCCCCGGGCCUUUCUUGCUCCGAGCCCCGGCCGCCGCGCCCUUCGUCCGCGCCGGCAUGGUGAACCUGGCGGCCAUGGUGUGGCGCCGGCUCCUCCGGAAGAGGAGGAAAGGGCAGUGAGAGAUCGGAAUCUCCUCCAGGUUCAAGACCAUGACCAGCCCAUUCCGUGGAAAGUGCAGUUUCACCUGGGGAACAGCAGUCGGCCUGGCAACCAGUGCCGGAACUCCAUUCAAGGGAAGCACCUCAUCACGGAUGAGCUCGGGUACAUUUGUGAAAGGAAGGAUUUGCUGGUGAAUGGCUGCUGUAACGUCAACGUCCCUGGCACAAAGCAGUACCGCUGUGACGGCUGCUUGCCCCACGGCUGCUGCGGCGCCUACGAGUACUGCGUGUCCUGUUGCUUGCAGCCCAGCAAGCAACUUCUCCUGGAGCGCUUCCUCAACCGGGCAGCCGUGGCAUUCCAGAACCUCUUCAUGGCCGUCGAAGAUCACUUUGAAUUGUGUCUGGCCAAAUGCAGGACCUCAUCCCAGCACCUUCAGGAGUGGGCCCUGGACACUGUAUCCUGACAUCUCAAUUUGUCACCAGCUCAGAGCCACUCUUCCCCAUGCCGGCUUCCCUGCAGACGCCCUCAGCUUUUCCCGUAGUGGCAUUUGAAUCUGCUCACAUACCUGUGCGUGAGCACCGUUGGAACCAGAAACUCCAGCUCGCUCUUCUGCAGGAUUUUGUUCUGAUGUCCCGCGCCGCUGUUGCCGUCAUCGCAGGCUGCUCAGCUGUGUGUGGUGCGCUGGGGGCUUCGGGAACACCGCCGGCAGCCCUCUCUCCUCUCCUGUCAUGGAAAACUGGUGUUAAGGGGAUUCCUAGGUGAAGAUACAUCUAGAAGCUGGCUGUAAGCAGUCAUCCUUCACUGCUUUCAGCUUCCAGAUAUGUAACAGGUUCAGACCUUCAGUUUCUUGAUGAUUUGCAAAGAAGAAAACACAGGUUUCUGUGAAGGUGCUGUGCGAGAGUUACUGGUGCCUCGGGGGCGAGUCUGUGAAGGCCGGGCAUGCUGGUUGCUGGUCCGCGUGCUUGAGGCGCCCUCUGGGUUUCUAGUUUGACACUGAAUCUCACGGGCUCCACGUCCAGAGUAUUUGGUCCCCCUCUCAAGACACCCUGCGCCUCAAAUAGUAUGGCUCUUUGCUCUCAGGAGACCUGGGCACGUAACUCUUUCCUGGAGUGAGCCUCUCAAUAACCCCCGGGAUUGGGCAAGGUCUUUUUCCUUUUUUGAUUGUUUAAGCUGUUGACCUUGGAGCAGGGCAGUAGUUUUCCAAUCCACUUUUGACGUUUUUUUUUUCAGUAGGGUUUUUCCUUUGGACCAUGUUUGCCUUCCAUUAUGUUUCUGCAAUAUGGAGCAGUAAUUGCCCUUAACUUUCUCCUGUUAGUUCUACAUCUCUUCCCAAAGUGGUGUGUCACUCUAAAUAAGCUUUCUCUGAGACCUGUCUGGCGAUUGUUUUUUAAUGUUUUUUUCCCCCAACAUCUAUUUAGUUUGCAUCGGACUUUUUGGAUUCUAGAUGCAUUCAUGGUGCUAAAUCAAACUUUGUAUGUGAAAGAAAUGUGCAUGUCUGGAUGUUUUACCAUCUCAUUCUUUUUGGUAAUUCAGUCUGGUGUAUGUCUGUCCCAUGUGGGUUGUCACUGUUAUCAGCCUCCUCUUGGAACUCAUUUAACUUUUGAACAGUGUAACAGAGACUUAAUGUGAAAAUGGCUUUAUAUCAAAGACUAACUCCUGCCUCUUCACUUCGUGCUUGAAUUAUUGACGAGCAUGUUCUGCAUUUUCAGUGCUUUCACAAAUAGUAUCUACAGUUUUAGCUUACCUUUAUUCCCACGUUGUAGAUGAGGAAGUAGUGGGAAGUGAAGUGACUUCCCAGAGUCCCCACUGAGAUUUAACGACAGAACCAAAGCAAGAACUUCAUCUCCGGCUUCAGUUCUGCUGUCCUUUUCCACUGUCUCUUGCCAGCCCCACUGCUGACUCAUACGUGAUCAUCCGACUGCUCCCCCGUCUCCCUGCCCCAUACCAAGGUCAUAUGGAUUUCAGUUGUCCAGGCCAAAAGAGAGGAGAGGUGGCAUCAAUAGCCAAAUUGGGUCGGUAAUUCAAAAGUCAUUUUCAUCUGGCCCUGGAAUAUCUUUGUGUUUGUGGUUUUUGUUGUUGUUCUUUUUUACUUAAGUCUAUUUAGAGGCAUGUUCACUGUUUCUGGAAACUCACAAUGCUGCAGACUAUACAAUAAAGCCACUGACGGACCUGGACCAUCA